GCGCUGCGGAGCCGGCGGAAGGCUGCGGAGCUAGGUCGGCGCUGCGGUGCCGCCCGCUCCCGCUCAGCCCCGCCCCACCUCCGAGAGCCAGCCCGCACUGCUGAGGGGCAGCGGCGGGAGCGGCGCCAUAGGGAUGCUGCGGGGAGCGGGGCUGCGAUGGCUGCUGCUGGCGGCUGUGCUGGGGGAAAUAUGCUGCGCCGCGGCGGGGGGCAGCGGCCGGCGGCGGGCGGCCAGCCUGGGCGAGAUGCUGCGGGAGGUGGAGGCGCUGAUGGAGGACACGCAGCACAAGCUGCGCAACGCGGUGCAAGAGAUGGAAGCUGAAGAGGAAGGAGCAAAAAAACUGUCAGAAGUAAACUUUGAAAACCUACCUCCCAACUACCAUAAUGAGUCAAACACGGAAACCAGAAUUGGCAAUAAAACUGUUCAGACUCAUCAAGAGAUUGACAAGGUUACAGAUAACAAAACUGGAUCAACAAUUUUUUCUGAGACAGUUAUUACAUCUAUAAAAGAUGGAGAAAAUAAAAGAAAUCAUGAGUGCAUCAUUGAUGAAGACUGUGAAACAGGGAAAUACUGCCAGUUCUCCACCUUUGAGUACAAAUGUCAGCUCUGUAAAACCCAGCAUACACACUGCUCACGGGAUGUUGAAUGCUGUGGAGACCAGCUUUGCGUUUGGGGUGAGUGCAGGAAAUCCAUUUCAAAAGGAGAGAAUGGCACCAUUUGUGAGAACCAGCACGACUGCAACCCUGGAACAUGCUGUGCUUUUCAGAAAGAUCUACUGUUUCCUGUGUGCACUCCAUUACCUGAAGAAGGUGAGCCCUGCCACGAUCCUUCAAACAGACUUCUCAAUCUGAUUACCUGGGAACUGGAACCCGAUGGAGUACUUGAGCAGUGCCCAUGUGCAAGUGGCUUGAGCUGCCAACCUCAGAGCCAGAGCACUACAUCUGUGUGUGAACACUUUGCCAAUGAAACCAGGGAUAAUGAAAAAGAAAAGCCCUUAAUCAUGGAUGAGAUGCCAUUCCUCAGCUUGAUACCCAGAGAGAGUCUUUCCGAUUAUGAAGAAAGCAGCAUCAUUCAGGAAGUGCGUAAAGAAUUAGAAAGUCUGGAGGACAAAGCAGGUUUGAAGCCUGAGCCUGACUCAGCUCGUGAGCUGUUCCUGGGAGAUGAAAUUUGAAAGUUCAAACACCAGACAGUUAGGUAGUUAUUUCUAGAGAUUUUUGUCUAGUGUCUUGCUUAUAUAAAUCCUAAACACAUACCACUGGAUAGAAGUGUAAUAAACAAUGUCUUCAGUGAGCACCCUUUUCUGUGCACCAAACCUGCAUGUUCAAAUGCUUGUUGAAUUCACUCAAUCCCUGGACCAAGCCUGCUGUCAAAGACAAAUAAGAACUAUA